AGUUUCGCGCUGCUUCACAGCAGUACCCACCUGCAACAGCGGAGAUCGACGCAACGUGUACAUUGCUUUUCUAGGUACUCCCCAUUCUGGUCGCAUAAUACGUCGCCAACACUCCUUCUUCUUUUUCACUCUUUUCCAUUUUUACAAGUAACUCAAACCGUGUUGCGGAAUAUAACUCGAUCAUCUUCUACUCCUCGGCGGUUUGUCAGCGUCAUUCAAGGAUGCUCUCCCGUCGCUGUAAUGCGCGUUGUGCACAGUGGCCGGCGAGACUGCCGGCGUCGAAGCACACUCCCGCUAUUCUCCACAGCAGCCGCGCCAUGAGCCGCUUCUCUGCCACCUCCUUUGCACAGGCGGCAUCGACGUCUUCCUCGCCGAAUGCCUCUGAAGGGCCAGCGGUGGCACCCGCAGCCACAGCGGUGCUGCACCUUCCAUCGAAGUCGUGGGCACUGCGGUGGAACGCGACACGGUCGCUGUCGGCUGAGGCGCCGAGGUACUUCGCUAGCGUCCUGCAGUCGCGCUACACGCACGUGCCAGCGGAGAAGGGCGUCUGUGCGGACGUCUUGGAUGCCUCUACGUCUUCUGUCUCUCGCGUCUCCAAUGCGCUGGCGCUGCUGCGUCGAGUGCGCUACCUCGACCACCUCUACACACGUCUUGGCAUUUUCUCACACAAGUCAGCCGUGCAACUCCCGGCAGGCAAAGGGGCUACUCUGGUCUCCUUCUCUCACCUCGUUCGAAACUCGCGCCUCACGAACGCACAACAGGAAAAGGACGGUCGCCUGCUGAGCAGAGACGGAGGCAAUAACAAGAACAAUAAUGCCAAGAAAGGAAACAGAGGCCGCAACGAGAACAACAACGACCCGGUGGAGGGUGGAGAUGAGGACGAAGGAAAACCGGAGGACUGGAUAGUGCCCCGCACCUGCCUCUUUGUGCUCAUCAUGAUCGCCAUCACCGUCGCCCUGUACCAGCUCUCACGGCCCAGUGGAAAACACAUUGGGUGGGCGUCCUUAAACAGACACGCUGGUGAAAUCAAAGAGGUGGCCCUCUACACGAACUAUCUGCAGGUGUACCUGGACGAGGCGAAGGUGUAUCUGGGACUCAUCAACGACCACGACACGCAGCGGCACAUCGACGAACUGGCGGCGCACUACCGCACGGCGCGUGCAACGGCCGUACAGGAAGAACAGCAGCAGCAAGCGGCCGCACUGACGCAGAAGGACAAGAAGACGAACAAAGAAGAAGACGACACGUCCUCCGAACCUUUCUUCAGGAAUAAGCACUCCGCCGCGGACAAGCCCGAGGACCUCGACGUCACCAUGAAGGGCAGCCCCCUCGCUGAGACGGCCCUUGUCGGCGUCGGUGUUUUUGCGUGGGUGGUGCCGUUCGUCUUCUUCCCGGUCUUCGUCAUGUUCCUCUCGCAGUACAUCGGCAAGUCCAUGAGCUACGCGGUCGAGGCUACGAAAGGCAAGACGAAGGUGAAGGAGAUGGUCUUCCGCGUCGAGAAGUCCUCGACGACUCGCUUUCGCGACAUCGCCGGCAUGAAGGAGCCAAAGAAGGAAAUUACCGAAAUUGUGGACUUCCUGCGCCACCCGGCGCGCUACACACGGCUGGGCGCUAAGAUCCCCACCGGCGCCAUGCUGCUGGGACCGCCCGGUACGGGUAAGACGCUCCUCGCGAAGGCGGUGGCCGGGGAGAGCGGCGUCGCCUUCAUCCCUGCGAUCGGCUCCGACUUUGUGGAGCUCUACGUGGGCAUGGGGGCGUUGCGUGUGCGGCAACUGUUUAAAGAGGCCCGUAAGCAGCGGUGCAUUAUCUAUAUUGACGAGAUCGACGCCAUCGGCCUCAAGCGUCAAGGCGCAGGGCACGGCGAGAAGCAGGAGCAGGAGCAAACCCUCAACGAGCUCCUGACACAGCUGGACGGCUUCAGCACCGGCAAGCGCGGCGAUGUGAUGGUGCUCGCCUCCAGCAACGUCCCGCAAGAGGCGCUCGAUCCUGCGCUGAUCCGCCCCGGCCGCUUCGAUCGCAUCAUCCACGUCGACACACCGGUGAUUGCGGAGCGAAUCGACAUCUUCAAGGUGCACCUGAGCAAGCUGAAGCUGGUCAGCGACGACGCCAAGAAGUCGGCCGAGAAGAACGCGGUGGACACGGCAGCUGCUGCCACAGUAGUGGAGACCACUGCGACUACGAUGGAAGAGGAGAAAGAAGGGAAGAAAGAAGAGCAGCCCUCCAACGAAGCGGUGGAGGCGACAGAGUCGCCCGCGUCCGCCGCUGAUGCACCGAAGAGCACGACGGGCAACAGCCUUAUUCUCUCUCAGGUAGAAGCAGAAAAGCAGGCCUUCGAGACGGAGUACAAGGACGGCGUCAGCGAAAGGGGCGACGGAUCCUCGGCCAUCGACAGGAACGACGCGCAUGACUUCGACUUCCGCGCGUUGCUGAUGCAAAAGUCAGACGCAGAGCGCGCGAUGAUCGACGUCUACGCGGAGCGCAUGAGCAACCUCUGCCCGGGCUUCGUGGGGGCCGACAUCGCCAACGUCUGCAACGAAGGCGCCAUCUUGGCGGCGCGCGAAGGGGCUGACCACGUCGACAUCAGUCACCUCGAGCGGUCCAUUGACCGCGUGCUCGCCGGGAUCGAGCACCGCAGCCGCGCCAUGUCCGACUUCGAGAAGAACGUCGUGGCGCACCACGAGGCCGGUCACGCCGUCGCCGGCUGGUUCCUCAAUCGUGCAGAUCCCCUGAUGAAGGUGUCGAUUGUGCCACGUGGUGGCUCUGCGCUCGGCUACGCGCAGUAUCUGCCCAACGAGAACUUCACCCGCACGGCGAAGGAGAUCCGUGACUCGAUCAGCGUCACGCUGGGCGGCCGGGUGGCGGAGCAGAUCUUCUUCCGGCACCUCUCCACUGGUGCCUCAGAUGACCUGCGCAAGGUGGGUCGCAUGGCGUACCAGUAUGUGUCGUCCUUCUCGCCAGGUUCGGUGUACCCGGCACCGGGGACAAACAGCACGCGCCUGGUGAAGCCGUUCGGCGUGAACAAGUCAAACGAUUUUGAUCGCCGCGCGAAGUCGCUGGUGGACGAGGUGUACGCGGACACGCUGGCUCUGCUGACGGAGCACAAGGAAGACAUGAAAAAGCUGGCGGAUCACCUGCUGAAACACGAGCUGCUCACCUACAGCGACGUCGUGCGCUACCUCGGUGCUCGCGGCACGCGACAAACCGACAAGAAGAAGGGUGUUUAG